CAAAAAGAACCAUGUCCAGAGAAACAGACAACAUCACAUGUAAACUUGCCUCACAGUGGGUAUUCAAAAGUUGCUAUUGGAAAACUUGGUGCUAAAUUUGGAAAAGUUCAGAAUUACCCCAUGAUGAGGCCUGUGAACCAGGAUGCGAAGGAAGAGCCUGGACAAGUUGUUUACAUCGCUGACAUGGUACCAGGCAAAUGCACAAAAAAUGAUUUAAUCCACCUUGCAGAGCUUUUUGGGAAGAUUAAUAACACCUUUCUGAUCAAAGCGAAGGGUGAGGGAUUUGUGGAGAUGUCCCAAAGUGCAGAAGCUCAAGCCAUGGUGAAGUUUUACCAAACAAAACCACCUGUUAUUCAAGGCAACAUCAUCAGAGUGGAAAUGUGCCAGAAAUACAAGAAGCUGAAUGUGAAGUUUCCAGACUGGGAUCCAACAGCCGGUGGCAUGCCUCCUUUUGCAGCAUCUCUGUACAGGCUACAUGGUAUUCAGCAAAAUAUUACUGCACCUGAAGAAGACAUUUUCGCACCAACAUGUGCCCCAAAUUUAGCUGAACUCCGGGCUAAACAUUCAGAACAGCUGCUGAGGUGGACCAAAGUGCCGCUUGAGGGCAAUAUGCCAUUUAAAAGUAAAUUGUGGGAUCCUGAAACUUAUGAAGGAAAAGAACUUGAGUGUUUCAGGUUGUUGCCAUAUGCUUUCAAAGUUCCAAUGCUAGAAACUCAUGAACGAUAUUUACAAAGUCUUACUGGAACUCCUGACAUGUAUGAUUUAAAUACACCAAAAAUAGACGAUGCAUUUAUUCAACUACUGAUUGGCAAGAAAGUCGUACGUUGCCGUGAAGAUCUCGAUAAAAAGUUAGGAGAACCAGAGAAGGUACUAUGCAAGGCACAGUCAAAAGUAGCAGAAAUUGUAAGUCCACUUUUACUUGCCAUACAGAAGUAUGAAAUGGAUGAGUUAUCUGGAGAAUUAGAUUCCUUUACUACAGAGCAGCUGAAAGAGAGACUGCAGUCAACAGUAACUUCGUGCCAUCAAUCAAUUCUGUGCGCUGGACAGACUCAUCGCUGGUUGACUGGGCUUCGUGCUGAAAAUUUGUUACAGUUAUUCAAGUUCAAAACCCCAGUUAAACCACAAGAACAUCCAAACAUGACAUCAUCCGACCUGCUGGGGGCUGAAAUUGUAGAACAGGUACAAAAAAGAGGUGAGGUGUUGAGGCGUAACACUCCCAUGCCAGCAGCAAAGAAAAGGCCAAUUCCCAAUAUUAAUAAGAAGAAAAAGGUUUUCCAAAGACAGCAGAGGAAGCAGCUACCAUACUACCGGAACCCAAAUCCAUCCAGAGGCCGUGGACGAUCAUAUAGAGGACACCCCAGAGUGCACCCUAUCUUAAAGAACAUAUUCAUCCCUUGAAACUGGUAAGAGCAGGAUGAUGUUCACUCGAUCACAGCAGAAGGAAUCUCUCCCAUUUUGGAUUUCAAUAUUUUAGAACAGUUUUGUUGUUGAAUAUCAAGUUUAAGUUAGACUUUAAAAAAAAACAAAAUUAAACUGACAAAAGUCAAAUUUUUCUUGCGUUUAUUGUUGCAGAAGUAGAAAUUUGAGAUUUAUGAUCUUCUUGUGCUACACUGUUCUCUAGCCAAAAUGGUGAGUUAUUGAUUUGUUCUGAACAUGUACCAUUUUGUUACGGGCAGUUAGGUAGACAACUUACUCUCCAGAAAUCUGCCAAUAUUCUCAAGCCGGAACCUGUUCCAAAUUUUCUGGGACAGCUCAAUCUAAUUUUUGCCACCCUGCCUUGGCUCUUCACAACUGCUUCCAAUGCAAGGACGAUAUUGUUUAACUUGCUUUGUGGGAGUUUUUUUUAUCCUUGUGUUAUUAUCUAAGUCAAUGAUGUUUAAUGUACUAGAAUUCUAUUAACAUUGUAAAAUGAUGUGAUCAAAAUAAAUGUUGAGUGUAACAACCUUGUAAUAAUAUCUUGUUAAUAAAGCUGGAAAAUUUAGA